CACGUUAAGAUUUUUCCCACUGAAACUAAUGAUGGCGAUUACGAGAAUUCACAUUCAUGAAAGGUUUUCAGGCGCGAGAGGGAACUGUGCAGCGAGCACUCGUCAAAGUAUAGAAGCGUUGACUCAAUUCGUGCCAUUAGAUUAAUGGAGUGUGACGCUCCCACUCAACACCAAGCAGGAAUUCCGGUUACAGAAACUUUUUUGCCGCAGCCGUUUCUCUGCUCCAUGGCCACAGGGAUGAGGCCAGCUGGUGGCGCAGUUCUACCUGGCUUCACGCUGACUGCAGCAGCGUAGUGCUACCUGGCCUCGCGCUGACUACGGGCUGCAUCACCCUACUACAGUGAUUUGCACGAGUGCGGCACUGCGCGGGAGAGCGCCCAUUUCCUGCUAUGGAACAACUGGACACCCGCGCCACUCGUUUCAUCGGGAUCGCGUUCUCAGCGACACGCACAGGAGGAACGCGGGAGCCAUAGUAGAAGGUCAUGACUGCCCCCAAGAGCAGGUUUGUGGAGAACAACCUCAGCUGUCUUAAACAUCACCUGGGUGCUGGACUCCCACCAUGAGUUCUGAUGCUCAGCAGGAUGCAGCCGUUAAACUUGAGCAAGAGCAUGAAGAGAUUCUCUCUAAGUAUGACAAGGGUAAAGAAGGAGCGGAAGUAGAGCCCUGGGAAGAUGCCAGCUUCCACCUGUACAAGGUCACUGACAGGUUCGGCUUCCUCCACGAGAAUGAACUUCCAGCCUACGACUCCGUGGAAGAGAAGCAAAAGCAACAGGAAGUGGAAAGGACUACAAAAUGGCUGAAGAUGUUGAAGAGCUGGGAUAAAUACAAGAACAGUGAGAAGCUGGUGAAGAGGGUCUACAAGGGCAUCCCUCUGCAGCUUCGGGGGCAGGCCUGGUGUCUGUUGCUGGACGUUCCCAAGAUGAAGGCUGAGAAGAAGGACUUUUAUGAGAAGCUGAAGUUCAGGGCAAGAGGUGUGUCCCCUGAUAUCCGGCAGAUUGACCUGGAUGUCAACCGUACAUAUCGUGACCACAUAAUGUUCAUGCAACGCUAUGAUGUCAAGCAGCAGGCCUUGUUCCAUGUUCUCAUGGCCUACUCUGUCUACAACAGAGAGGUGGGGUACUGCCAAGGCAUGAGUCAGAUCACUGCCCUGCUGCUCAUCUACAUGAAUGAGGAGGAUGCUUUCUGGGCUCUAGUCAAACUCUUCUCUGGGCAGAAACAUGCUAUGCAUGGGUUCUUUGUCCCUGGCUUCCCAAAGCUGCUGAGGUUUCAAGAGCACCAUGAUCGUAUCUUGAGCAAGAUGAUGCCUAAACUAAAGCAGCACCUGGACAGUCAGGAAGUCUUCACCAGCUUGUACACCAUGAAGUGGUUCUUCCAGUGUUUUCUGGACCGAACCCCAUUUACGCUGACUCUCAGGAUUUGGGACAUUUACAUCCUGGAGGGGGAAAGGGUCCUCACCGCCAUGUCAUACACAGUCCUCAAGAUGCACAGAAAGCAGCUGAUGAAACUGUCCAUGGAGGAGCUGGUGGAGUUCCUGCAGGUCACCUUGUCCAAAAACUUCAUCUUUGAGGACGAUCUUGUGAUUGAACAGCUGCAGACUUGCAUGGCAGAGCUCAGGCGCGCUAAGCUGGAGCUGCCUCCUCCAGGUAAAGAGGAUGAGUUACCCAAGAAGUCACUGGGAGAACUCCCACCUGAGCUGCUGCCCAGCACUACUCGCCUGGCUAAUGGGCAGAGCCAGAGCAGCCAGUUGGAAAGCCCCAAAAAGGGGCCUAGCAAUCCACAGGCAGUCAGGCUAGAAGCAGCUCCAGGUGAGGAGGUAGAGCGUCCAAAGCAGAACCGUCCCAGCAGCAGGGCCAGAAGGGACUCUCUGGAAAGGCUGGUACGGCAGCACAGAAGCGAGAAGGAGGCACGCUCACGGGCAUCUGGAGAAGAAGCGCUCACACAGGCCCCACCUGCCCAGAAUGGGACUGGGAGGCCUAGCCAUGCCACAGCAAACCACAAUACCGGUGUUGUCAACAGCGCUCGCAAAGACAUCACACCACGGUGGGUGAAGCCCUCUGAGACCAAGCUGGAGGCUGCCAUGUUGGCGGCAGCUGAAGCCGGAAGGCGCCGGGGGGUGAUUUACAGCCAAGGGAGCUCACCCCCACCAUCACCAUCCAGCAAACAGGAGCCCCAAUUCCUUCAGCACCAGGUCUGGCCCCGGUCCCAUGGUUUUAUACCAGAGACCAACAGGGGCUCCAAUGCUUCCCAAUACGACAACGUCCCAGGAUCUGAGAAUGGAUUUGUUGAGGUGCUCAAGCUAGAGCAACCACCAUCUCGAAACCUGCGCAAAGAGGCACAAGCUGGGACCGUGUCGUUGAGCCCGUCCUGGAUGCCCAACACUGCAGCAGCUGGAACUGGUCCAAGAACCCAGAGGUUAGCGUUGCACGGGGAUAGUGUGGAUCUGCGAUCCAUGGGAAGACUAAGCGCAGACAGCCCUGGCAGCCCCACAUGGUACCACAGGAAUGAGCCACCAUAUUCUCCUGUGAAGUCCAGCCUGGCUUCAGCCCAUGACAUGUCUGUGAAUCUCCUGCCUGUUCUGCAAGCCCCCAUUGGCUCUCUUCCAGAAGAGCAGCAGUACAGGCCCAUGCUGCGAACUCCUUCUGGCUCUCCUCCAGAACGGCAGCUCUAUGGCACUACAUUACGUGUUCCUCCCAGUUUCUCCCCCGAUAGGGUCCUUGCAAACAGCUCCUACGCCACCUACCGCAGGCAGCCGCCCAGCACACUAGAUCAAUAUCCGGAUGGACUUUCUGCAGGCCAGAAUGCACAACUCGAGGGUGUAUUUGAGUAUCCAAGGCAGCCCAGUGAGCUGCCAGUGAAACCGAUGUACCUGGCUGCCCACAGCAGAUCCGAGGUGCAAAUGAGGGCAAACCAAGUGCAGCCUUACUGGGUAGAACAGAAAAGUGACAGAGGCUGGGCACUGCAGACCAAACAGGAGGCUGAUGGCUUCCACCCCCCAGGACACAUCCCUAGAUCACCCAGCUUUCAAAGGGCACAAAUGUCACCUGUUGAGGAGUUUGCCUAUCCUCUGAGCGUCGAUGUUCACCACCACUACAGAACGCAGUAUCAGGAGCAUCAGCUCGUGGCGAGGCAGCAGCUCCUUCCAGUGUUUGGAGGACCACACUACAGGCACGCCCCUGAAGCUUUCACUAUGCAGGAGUCCAUGCUGCUCUGAAAAAGGGAAAGAGAUCCUGAUCACCUUUUCUAAGGCAAGCUGUAAUGGACAGCUGCAGAUAUGCCUGUACCAAGGCAAUCUGUAACCACAGUGGUAUUCUUGUAAUAAUGUUCAUUUCAUAUAUGACUUGCUGAUUUGUAAGUCAUAACCAUGGGACUGGUACAUCAGCUCCUAAAAACAUCAAAGAAGUUAUCGCUUUUACAGAGUAACUGUGAGAUUUGCUUUUAUUUUUUAAUCAAUAGUGAAUGAUCAAUGUUAACCUGAGAAAAGAUUUUUUUGUUUGUUUUUUUUUAAAAUGCCAAGUGUCACCCACUCAUUUUGGGUAGUAAUUUCCUUUAUGCACGUCAGAGCCAUGUUUUCCAAAGAAUGAAAACAUGAAUGACUUAUUUGAGUUUGAGUUUAUAUUUUUGAGUUACAUUCAAAUGUAUUUUUUUUAAGAUGAAGUAGCUCCAGGUGAGGAGGUUAAGAAAAAAAUAUACUUCUGCAUAUAACUUAUUUCAUAAGAGAGAAUAUAAAGUAAUUCAACAGCUCUGCGGAUGUUUUUUUAUUUUGUUCCCAUUUUAACCAGUGAGGCCCUGUCACUGAUGUAGAUGAAAGGUAACCAUUUUGCUCAGUUUAUGGAGAAUGCCUUUUCACGUGCUACAAUGGGCAUUGUUCAAUGCAUAUUCCGUUGGCCUUGGAUCAAGUAGCCACGUUGGUGUGUGUUCACAGCUUGCUGUUUUCCUGACGUGUACAUGAAAGAAAUGUAAGUGUAUUAACCACCUUUACUGGAUUUAGGAUCUAGAGUGGUCCUGAGUGAUAGUAGCUAAUUUUCUACUUUGUAUAUAUUCCAUACACAACAAACUGGGCAAAUGCAAAAUGCUUGAGUUCAUAACUCAAAGUGCUUUCCUACUCAAAUAAAAUGACCUGCUGAGGAACU